GCCUCGAGUCUCCUAGAAUUUUCUGACUUCAGUCCCUCGUCCUGAAAAACAAUUCAGACCAAACAUGAAUUCUCUAGAAGCAUACACAAACAAUUCCACAGCCCUAUAAAUCUCACCUCCCUCAUGGCCUGUCCGACUAGAAACCAAAAACAAAAUUUAUUGCCUACAUCUGCGUCUGUCUUCAAUUUUCUCACCUUUUCUCACAUUCCUUGCAGCCCAAAAAUGGCCAUCGUAAACAUGCCCAUUUCGCUACUCUUACAAACUCUUAUCCUAACCCUCAUAGUCUCCCAUUCCAACGCAUUGGUUCCCUACACAAGACCACUAGCAUGGGAUAUGAUCCUCCCCUCCGAAGAUCCUUUCAGGAUCCUUGAACAAACCCCACUUCCUCUCCCCAAAGGCCUUGACUCUUUGGCAAUGGCACGAGCCGACUGGAAAGAGACGCCAGCUGAGCACAUCAUUGCGGUAGACGUCCCGGGGAUGACAAAAGACGAGGUGAAGAUCGAGGUGGAGGAGAACAGGGUGGUGAGGAUCAGUGGGGAGAGGAAGGCGGAAGAGGAGUUAGAUGGGGAGAAGUGGCACAGAGCCGAGAGGACCAACGGAAAAUUCUGGAGGCAGUUCAGAAUGCCAUCCAAUGCAGACGUGAAUGGGAUCAGAGCCAGGCUUGAAGAUGGAGUGUUGAGGAUUACAGUACCUAAGUUUGCUGAGAUGCAAAAGAGGCAGCCUAAGGUGAUUAGUAUUGCACAUAAGGAUGAGGAUUUCGCGCAAGAUAUCAAGCCAACCAAGGCUGACAUGUGAUUUGAGAUUAAAAUAGAUGUAAACACAUCAUAUGAUGUGUAUGCAUACUUGCGUGUAUAAGAAUAUAUGGUAGUGUUUCAUACUUGUCCCAAAACCCAAGGAAAAAGAAAAAUUGUGAUUAGAGGUUUGAUUUUUCGGGUGGUGGAGUGGUUUCAAUUAAAAUAUUUGUAAUCCGAUCAAUCUCAAUGUAAUAAUCACAUACCUUUCACUUUUCCUUC